AUGGAUGAGCUGGAAGAGGUCAUGCCUAAUAUGGCAGAUAUUUUGGCCGCUCAAGAAAGUGCACUAGCGUCAGUCUUUGGCGCAUUGACCGCUCAGCUGCAACACUUAGCAACGUCAAACGAGCGGCAGGUGCAGCAAAUAGCACAGCUCGAAUCUGCGCAACUAAAAAUGCGUCUAGCGAUCAAGGAGCUGGAAAAGUCUCCGUCAUCGGAGCCAGUGCCAUCCCAUAUGUCGAUACCAAAGACCACAUUGAAAGAGUUGCAGCAAAUGGUACAGCAACAAGUUACAAUGCAAAUGCAACGAAUACUACCGACUCUGCAAAAUUCUCAAACGAAUGCGAGAGAUGCUUUUGAAUGGACACUGCUUGAGCAAAAGCUUUGCGAUCUGGACAGUAAAUUGAUUGCUCGGAUGAACAGGUUGCGCGAUGAUGCGACCAGUCAUUCAAUUGAGAUGAUAGAGAAGCUCGAGCAAGCAAUCAAUAACCAUCUGGAGCAAAAUAAACAGCAAGUUGAUAAGUUGUCAAGAAUGAAAAUUGAAACGAAUGAGCUCAAGCGGCGAGCAGAUCGACAAGAGCAAAAUAUUGAAGAUGUGCGAACAGGACUUGAGCUGCUGGCAAAAUCGCUGGAUAGUGACGAUGCGGACUUGGUAAAGAGUGGAAAAUCUGAUGAGGUUGCAGGAGAGAGACAAAAUGAAGACGAGAUUUCAAAUGACCCAGUCAAGACCACUUCGAUGGUACAAGUUCGGCAGGUUGCUUAUACAGAAUUUGAAGAAGAUCGAUUGGAUGAAAAACACGAUGAGAAAUUUACCGAAGUCGGUAAAGAGAUCGAGGCACCAGCUGAUGCAUCAUCGACAAUUAGUUUCGAGCAGAGACGACAAUCUUUCUCUCAAUCAUCAACGUACGAAGAUACUUUAUCACAACGCACGGAGAUCACUAUGGACCUCUUUCCCAUAAAAUCAAUAGUUUCAUUUGUGUCAGGACAAACUGUGGAGCAGCCAAAUGAGAAUCUUGGGUCACUUUCAACAGCUAGUGCAUUUUUUCAGCAACUCGAACGAGAAAAUAACGUCGCGGUUGCACCAACAACGUCUGUUUCUGCCAGUCAUCUUUUCAAUCCCAAUUUAGUCAUUGUUGAAUCACCUACGACCGUAUCUGCAAACCUCAUUACAGCCUCCGAGACCGAGGGGGCUAUGGCUGCCUCGGAACCUACCAGUGCCUCUUGUACGACUCCCAUCCCAUGUUCCGAGGCUACUACCGCACCAGCCGCAGCAGUACUAACUAAACUUCCCUCGACUCCCGUUCUACUUCGCGACUUCUUAACUGCAACAGCCGCGGUAACACUUGCUAGUCAUCCCAUGACCCCUGAUUUACUUCUCGAGUCUGGCUCUGGACCAGCUGCAAAAGUACUUGCUAGCCGUCCCACGACUCCCAUUCUACUUCCUGAGUCCGUCACUGCGCCAGCCAAUGCAGUACUUUUUAGUCGUCCCACCACACUUCCCGUGUCCGUCAAUAGACCAAUCGCAGCAGUACCUGCUAGUCGUCCCACAACUCCUGUCACAAUUUGUAACGACCAGGUCACACCAUCAGUGUCAGUAACUGGACAUGCUCUCACAUCCAUAAAUGUCGUCAAAGUACACGAUUUUAGCGCAGUAGAAAAGCUGAUGGAGACAAAGCAAGAAGAAAAUGGUUACAAAGGCGAAGAAUUAGAAAAGUACAAGAUUGUGCGUGAGAGAAAGUCAUUGCAGCAGAAUCGGACUCCUUUGGCUACACGUCAAGAUGAUGUAAACGAUGAGGUGGAAGUAUCCCGGCCACCAUCAACAAAAAGCUUGACCCAAGUUGCGUCAAUCAAUCGUGCACGACAACGUCGCCCAAGUACCCUCAAAGUAUCAAAUGUCAAGUCUGAGGAUCAAUUAGCUAUUAUUGAAGGACCACUACCCCUUUCCAUCCAAAGAUCUAUUAGCUCGCCCUCGUCGUGUACGCGUAAUGACCCACGUCCGCCACUGACGAAGGCACAGAUAAAAGAGCUGUGGCUGUUUCUGCUUGCUAAACUUGUACGUUUGAAUCGGCUUCGUCAACUGAGUGGUAGUGUUGCAGAGGAUACACUUUUCCGCCCUCAACAAACGUCUAUGGGUUCUCGUGUCAAGCGACUGGAAGAAAGUUCAACCCGCUUCGACAAAUCGCUUGAUUAUAUGUCACGAAUCGUUCAAGGCAACAGCUAUACGAUGAAUGCACUGGAGGAAAGGUUGCCCGAUCUACAAAUUGUAUUGAAUAUGGUACAAUCGAUGGAGCGAUCUCAAAUUUCGCACACACAAACUUUAGGGGAUGUCGAGGAGAAAUUGCAGGAACUGGAUUUCGGCUUUCAGCGGCUGCGAAUGUUGGAACGCCGCAGAAGCUCAGUCUCUUCGAAAGAGGUGACGAAUGCAGUUUCCGCGCACCUUCAAGACGUCUCUGCAAGACUAUCACAUCAAAUUUCUGCGUUUGAGGCUUCUGAGAAGAUCUUAACUCAAGUGCGCGAGGCUGAACUUCCCGCUCUUCACGACAAAAUUGAUCUUUCGCUAUACGCCAUACGUCAAGAGGCAGAUCUGAGGAGUAAAGAAGUUGCAGAGGAGCUUCGAAAUUUGGUAGAGCAAGUCCAGACCUCGCAACGCGCUGCACAUGGCACUCUCUUUACUCGCUUGAAUGUGUUUUGCAAUCGCAUUUACCAGACUCUCCUUGGACUGAGUGGCGCAAUGCUCCAAUUCGCGAAACUUGUCGACAUCGAUCAAACAUCAAAACUUUCCUCCCGCAGCACAUUUGAUGUGGGUAUUGACUUGCUGAGCAACAUUCUUACUCAACUUUUGGCAAGCUACCGGACUGUGUCUUUUGAAGAUCCUGGAUCGGAUCUUGACGUUUUGGUUGAGUCAUCUACAUCUUUUCUGCAACAACUCGAAAAGCUUAAACGCGAAGCAGCGAAUGCAAAAGUGACAGCACAAGCACGUGAAACAAGUGGCAAAAGUGACGCACGUGGUCUUAAGUUCGCACAAAGCUCAAGCUUUGACGACCAUCUUGUCUUUAUCACCACAGCCAAAUUAAAAGAUCUAGAGCGCACACUUGUGACUCAAGAAGAUCAGAGGGAAAGUAUUCAGACACCAGAGCUAUUGUUUGUGAUUCAUGAUGCGGUUGUUCAAUUACGGUCAGUUCUUUAUUUUCUACUGGUACACUCGCAGGGGAUCAAGUCGUGCUCCCUAGUCGAAGAAUUACGUUCUUCGCAUGAAAUAGUCCAACAUGCAGUGAAAGAGCACGGUUUCACCUUAAAGCAUCUUGACUCGACUGUUGCGAUCGUCAAGAUGAUGAACGCGCGUCUUGAUCGAUUCAUGGAGCUUUCAUUUACUUACGCUAAGGAGGAUGACGUCAAGAACUCGAUACAAGAAUUAAUGACAUCAAACAACGACAUGCAAGAUUUUCUAUCAUCAAGUCUUGAGGUGAAUCGCAGCGAAACAAUUGAACGGGACGGUCUCUUGGGCGAAGAGAUGAAUCAGCUCGUUGCUCGUGUGAAUAAAAAGCUGGACAAGGACGAGCUGCUUUGGACGCAAGAAGUUUUGGAGCGACAACUACAAAACAUUGCUAACACGUCGCUUGAUGACAGCGAUUUGGUCGAUAUUCACCGGAGACUAGGGCGCAAAAUGGACAAGAGUCAACUAGAGGCAGUUUUGCAAGGUCACCGCGGCCAAUUGAAGCUUGGAUCCGCUCAAUCGACGACGAAAAACGAUAAAAAUGGUCAACAAUAUGCUCCACUUGUAGCAGCCAAGUGCAUUUCCUGUCAAGGUGAGCUGCCACCAACGAUAGCCAUGAUAAAAAGUGUCGUUCGUGAUCAAAUUCACCAGGAAUUUGCCAGAUCGCGCACGCAGAACAUGUCACCGUCUUCCCUACACACCUUUAACGUCUCCAAUCAUCGAAAUCUGGGCGCUUUUAAGAAAGAGCUUCUUCUGGCUGCACUGCAACAGCAACGAAGCUCGAGUAAAAAAGAAAACGUUGAAAACAAGCAUCCAUUUUCAAAUAAAUAA